CCUGUAUUCUCCAACAUCGGACUUGCGUUGCUAACAGACCAUACAGACAAAGACUACCCUCUGACGGGUGUAGUCAUUUGCUUUACGUCAGUCCAAAUUGAGCAAAGGACUCAACUGACCCAAAUGGCGGAACAAAUGGGCGCGAUGCACAGUGUCCACCUUACCUCGGAUGUAACCCAUUUACUCGUGGGUGACACGAACAGCGACAAGUACCGAUUUGUUGCGAGGGAACGAAAUGACGUGGUGGCUAUGAACCCAGACUGGAUCGAGGCUGUUCGAGAGUCAUGGACAAAGGGCGAGGAUAUAGACAUCCACGCGCUGGAGAUACAAUAUAAAUUGGCCACUUUGCAUGGACUCAAGAUAUGUAUCACUGGAUUCUCAGAUCUUCCCUUCCGUUCCUACAUGCAGAAGACCACAGAGGAGAAUGGAGCUGAAUACCGGAAAGACCUGACGAAAUCCGUGACCCAUCUUAUUGCGCGCAAUCCCGACGGUGAGAAAUAUAAAUUCGCAACACAAUGGAACAUCAAAGUCGUCUCCGUCAAAUGGUUCACCGAUAGCAUCGAGCGUGGAAUGAUCCUUGGUGAAGAGAGAUACCACCCGCUAGUCCCACCAGCAGAACAAGGUCUUGGUGCAUGGAAUCGAACCGCGCCAAUGGAGAGGGAGCCCUCUACAAAGGACAACCCUGCCACAAAAGAGAAUCCCAUGAACCCACGACCUAGAAAACUACGCAGGAUCGCAAGUACCAAGCUGGUGGGCCAGAAUGAAAGCAUCUGGGGCGAUAUUGUUGGAACGGCAUUCGACAAUAUUCUAGCAAACGGGCCUAAGACAACACCCCAAGGACGAGGACCCGAGGCACCCAAGCCUGUUAUCCAGGCAUAUCAGUCAUUCGCCAGCGAGACUACCUUCUCCGAGAACACGGAUACUAGUCAGAAGCCAGCUAAGCCCCCCAAAGACAUUGGUUUCUUACACAAGACGUACUUCUUCAUUAAAGGAUUCUCUUCCAAACAGAUGGACGUUUUGCGCGAUCAUCUCACCUAUAAUGGAGCUCAGCUAGUGAACUCGCUGAGCGAGUUUUCUAGCCCUAGUAUCCCCAAGACAGGGAAUGGGCUGUACAUCAUGGUGCCAUACCAGACUCCCAGGCCGGAUAUUCCUUCAACAGAUGAUAUGGCAUUUGAAUGUGAGGUUGUCACGGAAAUGUGGCUAGAAAGAUGCAUUGGAGCCAAAGCUUUUGUUCCACCAGAGUCUCACGUCGCAAGCACACCUUUUCCGAAGUUCCCUAUACCAGGAUUCUCGGAAAUGCGCAUAUGCUCUACCGGCUUUGUAGGCAUCGAUCUUCUACAUGUACGCAAACUGGUCAUGUUGAUGGGUGCAACCUAUGGCGACUACCUCACCGAAAAAGCAUCAAUCCUCAUAUGCAAUGAUCCUCAAACAGCGAGCUUGGACAAGCUACGGCACACGGCCGAAUGGGGAGUGCCGGCAGUGUCUGCCGACUGGCUUUGGAUAUCUAUACAAACUGGCCAAAAGAAACCAGUCGAUCCAUACCUUGUCCGACGAGGAAUAUCUCAAAAUCCCAGCAGCGCAGAUAAAUCCAACGCUGCGUCUACAAAGCGAAAACAACCCCAUAACGACGGUGAACGACCAGAAAGUAUCCCAUCCAACCUCUCCGCCAAAUCAACAAAGUACAGCACCGAGAAGCGAGAUCUGAAGAGGACCGAUUCAAACCGAACAGUACCAGUCAUCAGCGAUGGCUUCGAAGAUGACGCACCCAAACCGUCAGUCCCAGAAUCCCGCUCUCCAUCCCCAGACAGGGCACUAGAGAAACCAGUCACAGAGGAAAUGAACUCAAAACAACCAACGCCAAGCGCAGACCCAGCACCAGCACUAGCACCAGGCCCAUCCGCCCUCGACACAGCCCUAAGCGGACUCCUCCAACAAGCCCGAGCAGCAAAGUCACGCCAGCAGUCCGAAAGCACAACAACAAAUGCAGACGGCAGCUACCCACAACGACGAAAGCGCAAACCCCUGCUCGGCCGCGCCUCUUCAAAUCGAAUGCUAGAUGGCCCGGCCACCGUCUCACGCGCUAGCUCAAUCGAUACACUAAACGACGACGGCCUGGGUAGCGCAAUCGAAAGCGCCAACCCAACACGAGACAACUCCAUGUCUAGAAGCAACAGUCGCGUUGAACAGAGUCUAUCGUCCAUGCUCAGCGGUGGGAAAUUCGAUUUUCUUCAUGAUCGACCGGCGCAUACCGAGGAAGACGAGGAAUAUCGGGAACCCCAGAUGACACAGUUGGAUUAUGAGGAUCCAGACGCAGCAGCUAUGAGAGCUCAAUUCCUCAAAACUGCUGGCAAGGUGUCUAAUAAGAAGAAUGAUAGGACUGGUGUGCUUGUUGGGGAGGUGCGGGAGCUGGAGGAUAUUGGAUGGGCGUCUGGACGGAGGACCAGGAAGCAACCUGUUAAACUUGAUGAUGACGAGUGA